AUGGAGAAAGCACUUGGCGUUAUCAACAAAGUUCGAUUUUACGCUCCAAGAAGAACGUUAAAUAUGCUCUAUAACGCCAUGAGAGUAUCGUACAUCUCUUACUGCAACGUAGUCUGGGCUGGUACCUAUCGCACGAUCACCGAUCCGAUCCGAUUAAUAAUGAAGAGGGCUCUAAGGCUAGUUACAUCCUCAACAAAGCAAUCGCACACGUUGCCAUUAUUUUUGUCAACAAAAAAUUUGAAUUUUGAUCAGGUGAGUGUCUACUUCACUGCUAAUUUUGUCUACAAACAGCUGACAAACAAGUUACCAUCAAAAUAUAAAAUCAUUACUACACUUGCAGCAACAACAAGAGACAAAAUUACAUUAGAUCAAAUUCAUCAAAAACAAACAUUCUCUUCUUCCAUGUAUAUUGCAAGGGACCAAGAAUUUGGAAUUUGCUAUUAA